AUGGAUCAUUCUUUGACAGAGGCCACUAUGCUCACAUCAAGCACCCAAAGUUUGAGGAAAAGUAGUUCAUUCUCAAUAUAUGAUGUCGAUAACAGGGAUAUAUAUACAAUGAAUAUUGAAAAACUACAAAUGGCCAAAGCUAGAUAA